GUCACUUUGAACUAAAUCACAGUCGGCUCCAGUAUACGAAACAAGGAAAAUGCACAUACCUUUAUAUUACCCUCUGGGAUUGUACUUGCUGUGAUUUUCAGCAUGGGAAAAAGCCUACUAGCUGCAUAUGGACUCUGGGCCCUGGGGGGGCCAUUAGGACUAUAUCAUAUCUAUCUUGGACGAGACAGCCAUGCAUUGCUUUGGAUGCUUACUCUUGGAGGCUUUGGUAUGGGUUGGAUGUGGGAUUUCUGGAAGAUUCCUAUACAUGUAUACAAAUAUAAUCGUCAAGAGAGAAAAAAUAUUGAGGUGAAGGAGGGGGAACCACCUGCUAGUCCCAUCCGUUUCAUAGGACAGGUAGCAACAGGUAUUUAUUUUGGAAUAGUGGCAGCUAUUGGACUUUCUUUUCUUAGCAGUUUCCACAUGGUAGUGCUGCCACUGGCAGUUGCACUCGGUGUGCACCUUGUGGCCACUGUUGGUGAACAAACUUCUGAUCUGAAAAACACCCUUAUAGCAGCAUUUCUGACCUCCCCAAUCUUCUAUGGACGUGCUGUCUCCAUGAUCCCAAUCAGCCUCACUGCAAGCAUCACCUCCCAGAAACACAUGAGAUACAGACUUCAACAAGAGAAGCAGGAAAAACUUAGCCUCCGUCUAUAUCGCAUUGGUCUUGUCUAUUUGGCUUUUACUGGCCCAUUAGCCUACAGUGCUUUGCUAAACACAAGUCUCACUGUGAGCUAUGUUGCUGGGAGCAUCGGAUCCAUGCUCGAAUGGCUUAGCAUCUUUCCUAGUAUCAGUGCACUAGUUGAGCGGCUGCUGCUUCUGCCUUAUAGGGUCUGGGCAGUGUUUUCAGGUGGAGGGGUAUUUCGAGAUCACUAUUUCAAGGAAUGGGAGAAGAUCUAUGAGUUUGUGGCCACCUUUCAAAGCGAGAAGGAAGAGAUGGCCUGCAAGGUACUGGGAGUUAACUUUAAAUCUACAAUGGAAGAGAUCAAUCGAAAAUAUAGGGAGCUUGUGAAGAUAUGGCAUCCUGAUCACAACCGGCACCGUCUAGAAGAGGCUCAAGAGCAUUUUCUUGAAAUCCAAGCGGCUUAUGAGACUCUUAUGCGCCUCAGAAAGAGCAAAACAUUGUGAAUUAGCUUCAUUUUUAAAGUAUACCAGGCAAGGUCAGAGGCAGAAAAAAGAAUUGAGCACUUAUUGUGGUCUAAUAUAAAAACAGUAACAUAAAAUAGUUGCAGCUUUUUUCGACAUUACCUUAAAAAAACAAACCAAAUACGAUAAGGAAGCACAGCCAAGGGGUUAAAUGGCUCUUCCAGAAAUGCAAUCAAGACCAUGUGAAGGGAGCAUGCACAGAUUAUAAAUGUAUUUUAAAGAAACUUAACUACUCAAAAUUACAAUAACAGAAUUAUUUGUAUUGUAAGUGGCUGUAAAAUGUUUUUUUUAAAUAAAUAUUUUCUUUUA